AUGGAUUAUCCAAAGAAAGGAAUGCGUCGAUUCGAACGGAUUCAUGAUGUUGUUGAACCAGUUGAAGAAUACCGCGUUGGAGGCUAUCAUCCGGUUCACCUCGACGACACUUUUCACCAAAGGUAUCAGGUCGUCGGGAAAUGGGCAUUUGGCCAAUUCUCUACAGUAUGGCUUGCAAAGGACACAAGGCAUCAAAGAUAUGUGACCCUAAAGAUCCUCAAAGCCGAUGCCUCAGAGGGUAGUCAAGAGCUUUCUGUUCUCAUCCAUCUAUCGAAAACGCGUAUCGAUUGCCCGGGACGAGAUAAUGUCCUGCAAUUAUUGGACCAUUUCGAACACAGGGGCCCCAAUGGCUUGCACCUUUGUCUCGUUUUUCCGGUUAUGAUGUCUGACGGUCAAGAAAUGACGGUUCGAGAAAGGCCACGCCAUCCGAAAUAUGUUCGUGAGGUCUCAAAACAAAUCCUGCGGGGGUUAAAUUACCUUCACGAUCAGGGCUUAAUCCAUGGAGACCUCCAACCGGCAAACAUAUUGUUCACUGUGAGCCCUGACUCACCAAGCGAAAUACUUACAAAGCCUGAGCUCAGUUAUGUCAAAUGGCUCCCUGGCGUCGAAGUUGAUAACAGUGCUCCACGGUAUCUGGUGUGUUCCCAACGUCCCCGCGGGAUGCUAGACGACGCGAUGUUCUCUUCACUAAUAGUCAAGAUUGGCGACUUGGGAGGAGCUAUAUGGAGCCUGCAGGACAACGCCUGUCCCGUAACGCCAGCCGCUUUGAGAGCACCUGAACUACUUCUCCAUCGUCCGUGGAAUCAAAAGGUGGAUAUAUGGGCCUUGGGUUGUCUGAUAUUUCAACUUGCUACGAACGAAACCCUCUUCCCGGCUGGGUGUUUCGGGUACAGUAAGGCCGAAAUGGAUGACAAUCUGCUAUCUCUCAUGCACGAUUUCUUCAAUGGUGGCCUGCCAGGCUUCAUUGUGCGUAUCCGCGAGAAAGUUCCGCCUGAAUUUGGUCAAAAAGAGUCGGAAAGCCUUGCAGGCUUCCUUUGGGAAAUGCUACAGGAACGUGCGGAGGAUCGAAAAUCGACCACUGAGCUUCUUAACCAUUCGUUCAUCCUCUAG